AUGCGGAGAGCUGCCGUACUGCCAGCAGUGCGCGAGGAGAGCUCUUCAAGGAAGGGAGACAGGAAGAGCAAGCGGUCUGCUACGGCCCGGCCCCAAACUCAACACCCUGUCUGUGAGGGUCACCGGAGAGCAGGACAGGAAGUCUGCUACCUGUGUAUGCAGCGGGAUGAAAGGAGUCUCCGGGCAUCGCUGGCUGAGGAGCGGCUCCAGAAAGAAAGGGAGGAGGAGCGCAUGUGGGCAGAGUACCAGGCUCGCAGGGAGAGGAAUGAGGCAGAGAGGGCCCAGCUGAAAACGCAGGCUGACAAGCACAAGCUGCUGGAAGACGGCGCAUCCUCCCUGCGGCUCGUGGAGCUGGCGAGGAAGGGGAAGGCUGGCGAGAACACAGCAAGUUCGGACCUGCAGCUACACCAGCGGCGUCCCUGA